AAACGCUUUCUCACUGCUCUUUGCUCCCAGCGGGAGCUCCCGCCCUUGCUUGGAGAACUUUGGGGAUGUGCCUAGACCAGACACAUCGCAGGUCCUAACCAACCCGGAGCGGAACAAACCCUUGGCGGGCGGCCAGGAGACUCCCUUCCAGCCACCGCUCCCCCCGCCAGCUCCGUUUUCCCCCGUACAAUACAAGAUCUUUCUUCCUCUGUUCCCUUAAAUCACAGCCCAGAGAAAUCUCGGAGCCUUCGUCCGGCCACCGGCCAGCAUGUCUGGGGGCAAAUACGUAGACUCGGAGGGACAUCUCUAUACCGUUCCCGUCCGGGAACAGGGCAACAUCUACAAGCCCAACAACAAGGCCAUGGCAGAGGAAAUGAACGAGAGGCAAGUGUACGACGCUCAUACCAAGGAGAUCGACCUGGUCAACCGUGACCCCAAGCAUCUCAACGACCACGUGGUCAAGAUUGACUUCGAAGAUGUGAUUGCAGAACCAGAAGGGAUACACAGUUUUGACGGCAUCUGGAAGGCUAGCUUCACCACCUUCACUGUGACCAAGUAUUGGUUUUACCGCUUGCUGUCUGCCCUCUUUGGCAUCCCAAUGGCGCUUAUCUGGGGGAUUUACUUUGCCAUUGUUUCUUUUGUGCACAUCUGGGUAGUUGUACCAUACAUUAAGAGUUUCCUGAUUGAGAUUCAGUGCAUCAGCCGUAUCUAUUCCAUCUGCAUCCACACCCUCUUUGACCCACUAUUUGAGGCUUUUGGCAAAAUAUUCAGCAAUGUCCGCAUAAACGUACAGAAAGAAAUAUAAUGACAUUUCAAGGAUAGAAGUAUACCUGAUUCUUUUUUUCCUUUUAAUUUCCUUGAUGCCAAUAUCAAGUUUUAAGUUGCUAGUACAGCAACAAUAUAUGAGUGAAUUUUCUUGGUUCAUAACAAAGAAAUCACUCUCUUAGUUUUCAUAACUAUUAUUUGUCUCUUCUAAGCUAUUUCAUCUAUUUUUUGGGUGGUCUGAAUUUUUUAAACCCAUUUAAAAUGUUUUCCUUACAUUUUUACUUGCAUGUGGGUCAUUGUUUUAUUGGCUGAGUUAUUAACCUAUUCUUGAAAGAUAUUUUGAGAGAAAUAUGAAGUGCCUGCAACCUCAACUGCCUAUUUUAAAAUGUUGAUAAUUUUAUGGUAAGGGAAGAAUGCCAGGGUAUGGCCAUUGAUUGUACAGGUAUGUGGCUGGUUUUAAACAAAUUCUUCUCUCACCAUCUGAAGUGUUAGUGGGUUGCUCCCAUUCAUUUUAACGAUCCAGUGGAAUCUAGUGACCUUUAUCAAAGUAGAAAGCAUACUCUGCAUUCACACAAUUUAAUGCCUUACCCUUCUUGAAAUUUUAACCUGUGAUACUUUCUGUGCCUGAAUAUUUGUUACAUAGAUAAUGAGGCUUAAGUGCCUUCCUGAUCAUCAUAUUUUCCUUCUCAAAUGGACUCCAGCUGGUCAAUUUUCAUUAGGUCAGCAACCUCCGUGGAGACCAAAAUUAGAAAAUCCAUUACUUACUUCUCCACACUUGUUUCUGACUCUGAGAACAGAGUUGGAUGAAGCUCAUGUCUGCACUUGAUCACACAACAUCUUUAUCCAUGUCAAGUAUGGUCCACAUCAGCCCCACGAAAUGAAUUAAGGUGGACAAAUGGGCCUGAGUCCUAUCUGGACUGGCAAGAGUGGAAGCCAGCUUAUCCUGCCCCUCAUCAGCUGAUUGAGGUCAGCAUGUCUAUUCAGCUUCGUUUAUUUUCAAGAAUAAUCACCUUUUCUGACUCCAAACUAAUCCAUCACCAGGGUGUUUUAGUGGCUGAACACUGAGUUCCCUUUUCAGCUGAUCAGUGGGCCUCUGGGGAGAGGCUUAUAAAAUGGAGGCCGUUGUGUGAGACUGUCAGAGUUGUUGCAAAUGUGACCCCUUCAGAAUAAAGCACUUGCAACCAUCUGUUAUGCUGUGACACAUGGCCUCUCUCCCUGCCAGGAGCUUUGGACCUAAUCCAAGCAUCACUUUGCUCAGAGAAAAGAUGGGGAAGAAGGCAAUAGUUAAAGACUGAGACAGCUCUGCUGGAAUAAAUUCAAAUUCUUCUAAACUCAAACUGAGGAAUGUUACCUGUAAACCUGAGUCAUACAGAAAGCUGCCUGGUACAUCUAAAAGCUUUUUAUUCCUCCUGCUCUUAAGAUUCUGCCCUUGGGAAAUUUAUUUUUAACGUUGUUAUGCUUUUGCUUUUAGUUUCAUACACUUGUUGGGAAUCUGCUUGAUGGUUUUUUUGUUUGUUUUUGCCUCUUCCAGUUUUCCUGACACUUUACUUACCAACUUGUUACCUACUUUGAUCUUUUGCAUUUAAAACAGACACUGGCAUAAACAUAGUUUUACUUUUCUAAUCUGUAUACAUAACUGAAAAUGUACUAUACUGCAUACUUUUUAAGUGUAAAGAUAUUUUUAUCUUUACAUGAGGAAGAUCACUUGAGAAAUUCUUUGUGAUUCAAUCUGUAAACUGUGUAUCCCAAGACAUGUCUGUUCUACAUAUAUGCUUAGUUUCUUGUGCAAAUCAAGAGCUGGUCCAAAAGAUUGCUGAGGUUUUAUAUGCUUACUGAUAUAUUUUACACUUUUGUAUCCUGUAAAGGUUAUAAGUCUACACAAUAAAAAUGUUAAACAGUUCUA